CCUGGCCCUGGUGACCUUUGGCUCCCCAGCUGGCCAGGGUAAAGAUGGGAGUGUAAGAAGCUCUGGAUUCCUGGACAGAGUGGGGUCAAUUUCCCCCUUAGUCACUGUCCUCUGCCCUCUCUAAUGUCUUCCUAACUGGCUGGGGUGAUUCAGGGGCGACUUGGGCACCCUACACACCCAGGAUUUUCUGGAAAAGGCAAGGGGUGGUGUGUUGUAUCCCCUGGCCACACACAUGAGUGGUCAGGGGAAGGUUAUAGCAGACCUGGAAGGUAACCUGACUCUCCCAGUGUGGCCAAGGAGAGGGAGGCGCUGGAGUCUGAAGGGUCUGUGGGUGUGAGGGCCCAGAGCUGCCUGGCCUCUCUUCCUGCCUGUACUCCAUACCCAGCUGAGCCCUGCAGCCUGGCCCUGGGCCAGCAGCAGGCUGAGCAGGUCUCAGGGGCGUGGUGGUGACCAGUGGUGGAACCAGCCUACAUCAGCCAGGCAAUCGGUGAGGCAGCACAAUUAAUCGGGGACAGCUGAGCUCGCGGCAGCCGGAGCCCAGGGAGGCAGUGCGGCCAUGAGCUCCCUGCUGUACUACGCCCUGCCCGCCCUGGGCAGCUAUGCCCUGCUCUCCGUCUUCUUCCUGCGCUGGCCUCGCCUGCUGCACACACCCUGGGUUCCAGCCUUCCGUCUGCGCCUGGGGGCCCACCGGGGAGGAUCUGGAGAGAGGCUGGAGAACACCAUGGAGGCCAUGGAGAAUUCCAUGGCUCAGCGAGCAGACCUUCUGGAGCUGGACUGUCAGCUUACCCGGGAUGGUGUGGUGGUGGUGUCACACGAUGAGAACCUGUACCGCCAGUCAGGCGUGAAUAGGGCUGUGGGCAGCCUGGAGUUUGAGGAGCUGCCCCUCUACAGGAAAGAGCUGGAGGUUUACUUCUCACCAGGCCACUUUGCACACGGGUCCGACAGGCACAUGGUGCGCCUGGAAGACUUGUUCCAGAGGUUCCCUCGGACGCCCAUGAGUGUGGAGGUCAAAGGGGGAAAUGAGAAGCUCAUUCACCAGAUAGCCAGCCUGGUGAGGCACUUUGACCGCAAUGAAAUCACCAUCUGGGCCUCAGAGAAGAGCUCAGUCAUGAAGAAGUGCAAGGCUGCUAACCCUGAGAUGCCGUUCUCCUUCACAAGAGGCCGAGUAAUCCGGCUGUUGCUGCUGUAUUAUCUGGGGCUGCUGCCCUUCUUCCCCAUCCCCGAGAAGUUCCUCUUGUGCUUCCUGCCCACCAUCAUCAACAGGACCUACUUCCCAUUCUCCUGCUCUGGGCUGAACCAGCUGGCAGCUGUGGUUUCUAAAUGGCUCAUCAUGAGGAAAAGUCUGAUCCAGCACCUGGAGCAGCGAGGAGUGCAGGUGGUAUUUUGGUGCCUUAAUGAAGAAUCCGAUUUUGAAGUGGCCUACAGUCUGGGGGCCACUGGCGUCAUGACUGAUUACCCUACAGCCCUGAGGCGCUACCUGGACAGCCAUAAAGCAGCUGCCCAGGUCUCCUGAGCCAAAGGCCCUUGCCCUCUCCAGUGUUUCUCUUUUCCAAUAAAUAUUUUAUUUUUA